AUGGGCGACCUCCGGCUCGGCCUCUGGCACCUGGUCCUGGUCCACAUACUUCUGCUACAUAUUCAGCCCAUUUUGGUGCACGGGGUUGAUAAUGUGUCCCAGAAGCUACGUCGACUCACUGAGCAGUUCCAGCAGUUCCAAUUGCUGACCCAGGCCCGUUUGGACAUGUUGGCCCUAAACCAGGACAGAAGGAACUCUUCAUGGGGGCUGGAGAGUCGUGUUCAGGCCCUGAAUGACCGCUUGCUGCAGACAUCACAGGACCUCAAGGACCUCAAGCAGAGCUCAAGGAAGGAGAUAGGAGGUCUCAGAGAGUGGAGUAGGAAGCUAGAGAGGAAGAGUAAGCGACUGGAGGGUCGUGUUGCUUUGAUGGAUCGGAAUCUGAGAGAGAGCCGUCGCUUUGCCCACAAACAGAAGGUUGAUCCUGGUCAGGAUUUCUCCAACCUCACGUUGGAGCUCCAGAGCCAAGAAGAAAGGCUGGCUGCCCUCCAGGCUCAACGGGACGAGCUCCUCAUUGGGCUGAGAGGAUUGCAGGAAUCUCUCAAAAACCAGGUGCUACGUGUGACUCGGCUGGAGGGUCGGCUUGGGGAGGUCCUGCAGAUUAAAACCGGAGAAUUUCAGAAGUACUACGAGCCACGCAGCAGGAGCCUGAUUUAUAGAGGAGGGGGACCUGAAAGGAUUCUGGAUGGACAAACCCAAUCAAGACCCGAAAGUGUCACCAACCCGCGGACUGAAAAUCAUUCCAAGGCCACAGCUGAGAACAGAGAGCCUCAACAGCCCGAUCAGCACCAGGGAACACCAAAUCAGCCUAAAUAUCCAAAGGCCCAGAAGUCAAGACCUCAGCCAGAAUCAUAUCUGCAAGUACCUUACAACCCCCAAUCGCAGAUCCAAGUCCGAGCCAAGACCAAGCCAAGAAAACAGCAAAGAUCCCAGUCUCAUUUUAAACCCCACAGACAUCACUCUAGGUCCCAUCCUUUGUCCCAGACUGAAACUCGUUCUAAAGAAAAUGACACAAAAGUAGAGUCUUCAGUGAUCCACAGCCUGCGUCAGCUUCCUGUCAGGCAAAAGAUCCCUGCACAACCAGUUCCAAAAAAGGAUGCAACCAUCUGUAACGUGGACUCCAUGCUGUUCUUUCCCAUGGCCUCAGCAGAGAACUACGUCACCUUUUCCUUGACACUCCCAGACCUCCAUGAACUCUCUGUCUGUUUGUGGCUCCGUGUGGAGGCCCAGCAUAUCGGCACGCUGCUCUCUUAUGCCACAGAUGAUAACGACAACCAGCUAGUCUUGUAUGGACACGGCGCUUCUUCCUCAUCUGCAUCUUUCUCUUCUUCUCUUCUUCCAUCCUCACCUUCUUCCUCCCCCUCCUCUUCUUCUUCCUCCCUGGACUUUGUCAUCGGAGACCCUGUUUAUCGCCGUCUCCCUGUGUGGUCGCUGCUGGAUGCUCGUUGGCACCACCUCUGCAUCCUCUGGUCCUCCAUCCAGGGUCGUUUCUGGCAUUACAGUGACCAACACCUCAUCUCCUCAGGCUCCAACUUUAGGAAGGGCUGGGAGGUUCCUGGAGGUGGAUCAUUGGUGCUGGGGCAGGAGCAGGACAUUGUUGCUGGUGGGUUUGAUGCUGCUGAGGGUUUUGCUGGGCAGGUGGCUGGGUUUAGGGUGUGGAAACGUGUGUUGACUCCUGCAGAGGUGGAGGGUGUGGCAGAAGGCAGAGGUGUGCCCAGAGGGGUGGUCCUUGGCAUGGAGGACAUAAAGGAGCUUCAUGGAGAAGUGCAGCAAGUGUCAUGUGAAUGUUUAGAGCAUUGUGUGUGAAUAAGAUACAGAGGAAGAAUUAAAUCUAGGUUUUUCUUCCAAAACACAAUAACU